CGUGCCGCGCCGUGCCAUGGGUCCCUUGGUCUGUCCCCCCACUUGUGGAGGCCGUCGGCUCCAGCCCGGCUCCUUGACGUCAUGUCUGUGGCGCGGCCCCGGCAGGCGCAGUGAAGGCGGGCGGGCACCGCGUUAAACUUUCAGAUCAAGUCCGGCGGCGGUUCCGAACGCCGCGCGCGGGGGGCUGCGUGCAGCCGCCGCUGCCGCAGCUGGAACAUCUGGAAGCGUUCAGUGUGUCUGUCUGCCGGCGAGAGGGAGAGAGCGGGGAGCGAGCGCUCUGAGGGAGGGGAGGGAGUAAGGGGCUGGGACUGUGCUCUCUUCCUCUGCAGAAACAGCUCCCUGCCAACACAACGCGCUCGGAAUGGCUUUGAAGAGGAGGAGCAGCAGCGUUUGAACAUCUCUCUUUUUUCCCCCCUUUUUUUCCUCCUUUUCUGACUCUUGUAGUUGGUGGAUUUUAAAAAGACAUUUAAUCCUCAGAGAUUUGCCCUGGAUGCUUUUGCUUUUUCCUUUUUUUUUUUUUUUUUUUCCUUUCUCCCCCUCUCUCUCGUUUCCCCCCUUCCUGUUCUUUUUUAUGGUUUAACAGCCAGAGGUGCUGUGCUAAAUUCUUGGAAGGGGCCCGGAUGUACUGAGGAUGCAUUGCAAUUUCACUAAAGGAGGCAGUAGUGGAAAGGAUCAGUUUUUGGUGUUUGAUGCAAUAAUGGGAAUCAGGUAAUAAUAAAAGGGAAAAUUCUGCAGCUCCAUUCUUCCGUGUAUUUUACCAAGCCGAUUUUCGGAGGGAUUAAUCUGGACUCGUUUUAAAUGGUCAAUGAAAACAAGAGGAUGUACAUCCCCGAAGAAAACCAUCAAGGUUCCAACUAUGGGAGUCCCCGUCCAGCUCAUGCCAACAUGAAUGCCAAUGCAGCUGCAGGGCUUGCCCCAGAGCAUAUCCCUACUCCAGGGGCAGCUCUGUCCUGGCAAGCUGCGAUUGAUGCUGCCAGGCAAGCCAAACUGAUGGGUAGUGCUGGCAAUGCAACAAUAUCCACAGCUAGCUCCACGCAGAGGAAACGGCAGCAGUAUGGGAAACAGAAAAAACAGGGUACCACCACAGCUACACGUCCUCCCCGGGCACUGCUGUGUUUAACACUGAAAAAUCCCAUCCGGAGGGCAUGCAUCAACAUCGUCGAAUGGAAACCAUUUGAAAUAAUUAUUUUACUGACUAUUUUUGCCAAUUGUGUGGCCUUAGCUAUCUAUAUCCCCUUUCCAGAAGAUGAUUCCAAUGCCACCAAUUCCAAUCUGGAACGAGUGGAGUAUCUCUUUCUCAUAAUUUUUACAGUGGAAGCAUUUUUAAAAGUAAUAGCAUACGGACUUCUCUUUCACCCCAACGCUUACCUCCGCAAUGGCUGGAAUUUACUAGAUUUUAUAAUUGUGGUAGUAGGGCUUUUUAGUGCAAUUUUAGAACAAGCAACCAAAGCAGAUGGAGGGAAUUCAAUAGGAGGAAAAGGUGCCGGAUUCGAUGUUAAAGCACUGCGGGCUUUCCGAGUAUUACGUCCGUUACGGCUGGUGUCUGGAGUUCCUAGUCUCCAGGUGGUUUUAAAUUCAAUUAUCAAGGCCAUGGUCCCUUUGUUGCAUAUUGCCCUGCUGGUGCUGUUUGUCAUUAUUAUCUAUGCCAUCAUUGGACUGGAGCUAUUCAUGGGAAAGAUGCAUAAGACCUGCUAUCAUGUGCAAGGGGGACUGAUAGAUACACCUGCAGAAGAUGAUCCAUCUCCCUGCGCUCCCCAGUCUGCGCAUGGGCGGCAAUGUCAGAAUGGCACGGAGUGUAAGGCAGGCUGGGAGGGACCUAAGCACGGCAUUACCAACUUUGACAACUUUGCUUUUGCCAUGCUGACAGUGUUUCAGUGCAUCACAAUGGAGGGCUGGACAGACGUACUGUACUGGAUGCAGGACGCUAUGGGCUAUGAGUUACCAUGGGUGUAUUUUGUCAGUCUGGUCAUCUUUGGAUCCUUUUUCGUUCUAAAUCUGGUUCUUGGUGUGUUGAGCGGGGAGUUUUCCAAAGAAAGAGAGAAGGCUAAAGCUCGAGGUGAUUUCCAGAAGUUACGGGAAAAACAACAGCUAGAAGAGGAUUUGAAGGGGUACUUAGACUGGAUAACUCAAGCAGAAGAUAUUGACCCAGAAAACGAAGAUGAAGGCAUGGAUGAGGAGAAGCCUCGAAACAGAAGCACUCCAGCUGGCUUGCCUGAUGAGAAGAAAGGAAAGUUUGCUUGGUUUAGUCACUCCACAGAAACUCAUGUGAGCAUGCCCACCAGUGAGACCGAGUCAGUGAACACAGACAACGUCCCUGGAGCAGAUAUUGAAGGCGAAAACUGCGGUGCUAGGCUAGCGCAUCGGAUUUCAAAAUCAAAGUUUAGUCGCUACUGGCGCCGGUGGAAUAGAUUCUGCAGAAGAAAGUGCCGUGCUGCUGUCAAGUCCAAUGUUUUCUACUGGUUGGUGAUAUUCCUUGUGUUUCUCAACACCCUUACCAUUGCCUCUGAACACUACAACCAGCCAGACUGGCUCACGGAGGUCCAAGACACUGCCAACAAGGUGCUGCUGGCUCUUUUCACGGCAGAGAUGCUGCUGAAGAUGUACAGCCUUGGUCUCCAGGCCUAUUUUGUGUCCCUUUUCAAUCGCUUUGACUGUUUCAUUGUGUGUGGAGGAAUCCUGGAAACGAUUCUGGUUGAGACGAAGAUCAUGUCACCACUGGGCAUUUCGGUGUUGAGAUGUGUUCGACUCCUAAGAAUAUUUAAAAUCACAAGAUACUGGAACUCCCUAAGUAACCUUGUGGCUUCACUCCUGAAUUCAGUCCGUUCUAUUGCCUCCCUGUUGCUGCUUCUCUUCCUCUUCAUUAUCAUCUUCUCACUCCUGGGGAUGCAGCUCUUUGGGGGCAAGUUUAACUUUGAUGAGAUGCAGACCAGGAGGAGUACUUUUGACAACUUCCCCCAGUCCCUCCUCACUGUGUUUCAGAUCCUGACUGGGGAGGACUGGAAUUCGGUGAUGUAUGAUGGGAUCAUGGCUUAUGGCGGCCCCUCUUUUCCAGGAAUGUUGGUCUGUAUUUACUUCAUCAUCCUCUUCAUCUGUGGAAACUAUAUCCUGCUGAAUGUAUUUUUGGCCAUUGCUGUGGACAACCUUGCUGAUGCUGAGAGCUUAACAUCUGCACAGAAAGAGGAGGAAGAGGAAAAAGAAAGGAAAAAGCUGGCUAGAACUGCUAGUCCCGAAAAGAAACAGGAGAUAGAGAAAACAGCUGUGGAGGAGGAGACAAAGGAGGAGAAAAUUGAGUUGAAAUCGAUCACUGCUGAUGGAGAAUCCCCACCUGCUACCAAGAUCAACGUUGAUGAUUAUCAGCCCAAUGAAAAUGAAGAAAAGAGUCCAUAUCCUACCACAGAAGCGACAGCAGAGGAAGAUGAGGAAGAACCGGAGAUGCCUGUUGGCCCUCGGCCUCGCCCGAUGUCUGAGCUGCACCUCAAGGAAAAGGCUGUGCCCAUGCCUGAUGCCAGUGCUUUUUUCAUCUUCAGUCCUAACAACAGGUUUCGUGUCCACUGCCAUCGAAUCGUUAACGAUAACAUUUUCACCAACCUGAUCCUAUUUUUCAUCUUGCUCAGCAGCAUCUCCCUGGCCGCUGAGGACCCCGUCCGACACCUCUCCUUUAGGAACCAAAUCCUAGGCAAUGCAGACUAUGUCUUCACUAGUAUCUUUACAUUAGAAAUUAUUCUUAAGAUGACCGCAUAUGGGGCUUUCCUCCAUAAAGGCUCCUUCUGCAGAAACUAUUUCAACAUCUUAGACCUGCUGGUGGUCAGCGUUUCUCUCAUCUCCUUUGGGAUCCAGUCCAGUGCUAUCAAUGUGGUGAAGAUCCUGCGUGUUCUGCGAGUCCUUAGACCACUGAGGGCCAUUAACAGAGCCAAAGGACUAAAGCAUGUGGUCCAGUGUGUGUUUGUCGCCAUCCGAACCAUCGGAAACAUUGUGAUUGUCACCACUUUGCUGCAGUUCAUGUUUGCCUGCAUUGGAGUUCAGCUGUUUAAGGGCAAGCUGUACAGCUGCACUGAUAGCUCCAAGCAGACAGAAGCAGAAUGCAGAGGGUACUACAUUACAUACAAGGAUGGUGAGGUCAACCAGCCAAUGAUACAACCCCGGAGCUGGGAGAACAGCAAGUUCGACUUUGACAACGUCUUGACUGCCAUGAUGGCCCUCUUCACUGUCUCAACCUUUGAGGGCUGGCCAGAGUUGCUGUAUAGGUCCAUUGAUUCCCACAUGGAGGAUGUGGGACCCAUCUAUAAUCACAGGGUUGAGAUCUCCAUCUUCUUUAUUAUCUACAUCAUCAUCAUUGCUUUCUUCAUGAUGAACAUCUUCGUUGGUUUCGUCAUCGUCACAUUUCAGGAACAAGGAGAACAAGAGUACAAGAACUGUGAGCUGGACAAAAACCAGCGCCAGUGUGUAGAAUAUGCCCUGAAAGCCCGGCCCCUGCGGAGAUACAUCCCUAAAAACCAGUACCAGUACAAAGUUUGGUAUGUGGUCAACUCCACCUAUUUUGAAUACCUGAUGUUCGUUCUGAUCCUGCUGAACACCAUCUGCCUGGCCAUGCAACACUACGGUCAGAGCUGCAUGUUCAAGGAAGCCAUGAAUAUUCUCAACAUGCUCUUCACUGGCCUCUUCACUGUUGAGAUGGUCCUGAAAUUAAUCGCCUUCAAACCCAAGCACUAUUUCUGUGAUGCAUGGAAUACAUUUGACGCCUUGAUUGUUGUGGGUAGCAUUGUUGAUAUAGCAAUCACCGAGGUGAACCCAGCUGAACAUACCCAAUGCUCUUCCUCUAUGAACGCAGAGGAAAACUCUCGCAUCUCAAUCACCUUCUUCCGACUCUUCCGCGUGAUGCGUCUUGUGAAGCUCCUGAGCCGAGGGGAGGGCAUCCGGACGCUGCUUUGGACCUUCAUCAAAUCCUUCCAGGCCCUCCCCUAUGUGGCUCUUUUAAUAGUGAUGUUGUUCUUCAUCUACGCCGUGAUCGGGAUGCAGGUGUUUGGUAAAAUUGCGCUGAACGAUACCACAGAAAUCAACCGCAACAACAACUUCCAGACCUUCCCCCAGGCAGUGCUGCUCCUUUUCAGGUGUGCCACCGGAGAGGCCUGGCAGGAAAUCAUGCUGGCAUGUCUCCCGGAUAAGAAGUGUGACCCAGAGUCAGAGCCAGCCAACUCCACUGAAGCCGAUCACUCCUGUGGCAGCAGCUUUGCCGUCUUCUAUUUCAUCAGCUUCUACAUGCUCUGUGCCUUCCUGAUCAUCAAUCUUUUUGUAGCUGUUAUAAUGGAUAACUUUGAUUACCUGACACGGGACUGGUCCAUUUUAGGACCACACCACUUGGAUGAGUUUAAAAGGAUCUGGGCAGAGUAUGACCCUGAAGCCAAGGGACGGAUCAAACAUUUGGAUGUGGUGACGCUGCUUCGACGGAUUCAGCCACCCCUGGGCUUUGGGAAGCUCUGCCCUCACCGAGUGGCUUGCAAACGCCUUGUUUCCAUGAAUAUGCCACUGAACAGUGAUGGGACUGUCAUGUUCAAUGCCACUCUCUUUGCAUUGGUCAGAACAGCACUGAGGAUCAAGACAGAAGGUAACCUGGAGCAAGCCAACGAAGAGCUGAGAGCAAUAAUUAAGAAAAUCUGGAAGCGCACCAGUAUGAAGCUGCUGGACCAGGUGGUGCCCCCCGCAGGUGAUGAUGAGGUGACCGUUGGAAAGUUCUAUGCCACUUUCCUGAUUCAGGAAUAUUUCCGCAAGUUCAAGAAACGUAAAGAACAGGGACUGGUGGGCAAGCCCUCCCAGCGCAACGCGCUCUCCUUACAGUUUGCUGUUUUGCAGGCUGGUCUGCGAACACUUCACGACAUUGGGCCAGAGAUCAGACGAGCAAUCUCUGGAGACCUGACAGCUGAAGAAGAGCUAGACAAGGCCAUGAAAGAAGCUGUGUCUGCUGCCUCUGAAGAUGAUAUCUUCCGGAGAGCUGGAGGCUUGUUUGGAAACCAUGUCAGCUAUUACCAAAGUGAUGGCAGGAGUGCAUUCCCUCAGACAUUCACCACCCAGCGACCUUUGCACAUCAACAAGUCUGGCAACAACCAGGGAGAUACCGAGUCUCCAUCUCAUGAGAAGCUGGUGGACUCCACCUUCACUCCCAGCAGCUACUCAUCUUCAGGCUCCAAUGCCAACAUCAACAAUGCCAACAACACAGCCCUGUGCCGCUUCCCCAGCCCACCCAGCUACCCCAGCACUGUCAGCACAGUGGAAGGCCAUGGGACGCCCUUGUCACCCACCAUACGUGUACAGGAGGCUCCUUGGAAACUGCCUUCCAAAAGGACUCAUUACUACGAAACACUGGGAUGCUCCAGUUCCAGAGACAGCCAGCUGGCAAUUGUUUGCCAAGAGGAAGUGUCUCAGGAUGAGACGUAUGAUGAAAAUUUGAAUGAAGACAUUGAGUACUGUAGUGAACCAAGUCUGCUCUCUACCGAAAUGCUUGCAUACCAAGAUGAUGAAAACAGACAGCUUACUCCACCAGAAAACAACAAAGGAGAAGACAGCCGGCACUCUCCAAAGAAAGGAUUUCUGUGCUCCUCAGCAUUAGGUCGAAGAGCAUCUUUUCACUUAGAGUGUCUGAAAAGACAGAAAAACCAGGGUGUAGACGUCUCACAGAAGACAGUUCUGCCUUUGCAUCUGGUACAUCAUCAGGCGUUAGCAGUGGCCGGCCUGAGUCCCCUGCUCCAGCGAAGCCAUUCCCCCACCAUGUUCUCUCGGCUGUGUGCAACGCCUCCCGCUACACCCUGCAACCGUGGCUGGCCACAACAGACCAUCCCAACUCUGCGCCUGGACAGAGCAGAGUCCAGCGAGAAGCUCAACAGCAGCUUCCCAUCAGUACACUGCAGCUCUCAGUAUCCUGACAACACUGGCUGUAGCAGCCCCAGGAGAGCCAGGCCGGUCUCCCUAACCGUCCCCAGCCAGACCGGAGGGAGCAGCAGGCAGUUUCAUGGCAGCGCUGGCAGCCUGGUUGAAGCGGUCUUGAUUUCGGAAGGACUGAUGCAGUUUGCUCAAGAUCCAAAGUUCAUUGAGGUCACAACCCAGGAGCUCGCAGAUGCCUGUGACAUGACGAUAGAAGAGAUGGAAAAUGCAGCAGACAACAUUCUCAAUGGUAACAGCAAGCAGAGCCCCAAUGGCAACCUCUUGCCUUUUGUUAACUGCAGGGACCCAGGGCAGGACAGUGCAGGAGAGGAAGAGGAAGAGGUGCAGAACCCGGAUUGUAGAAUAAGUCAGGAAGAGCUCAAGGACAGCAGGAUUUAUAUCAGCAGCCUGUAGUUGCCAGGGCUGGAAGCGAUGCUGGUUUUUUAUUUGUUUCAAUGUUCCUAAUGGGUUUGUUUCAGAAGUGCCUCACUGUUCUCGUGACCUGGAGUAACCGGAACAGCGUUCUUCAUUCAUUUCUGUUGGGACGAGUCACAGAGUUGGGUGGUGUAAGAAAGCUUUUCAGGAGCGGAUAUAACCCCAGCAUGUGUCCAUGAAGGAAGAGUGAGGAGGAGGAGGAAGAGCAGGAGAGCCAGCUCCCUCUUUUUUUCAGUCCCUGCACAAGGAACGGCUGCCUCCCAAGCGCAUAGGGGAACCUCAGCUUCCUGUGGAUGGCCCUAGCCAAAAGGACCCUGCGUCAAACGGGUGUCUUUCAACUUUGCUUGUAAAAAUCAUUUUGCACAUAUUCUGUAUGAGCCUCACCGUCUCCAUAAAGCCAAGGCCCUUUGAUUCGGAAGGAGAGGAAGACUUCUUCUGCUGUGGAUUCCCAUACCGUGAAGUGGAGGAGGAAGCAGAAGAAGCCUGAGGGGCAGGUGGCAGCGCUGCCCGACCCUGCUAAGACUCCCAGGCAGCAGAAUCUGCCAACCAAUCCAAGCUCAGGCAGUCUCCUGCCAACCAAUCAGAGCUCGAGCAGUCACUUGCCAGCCAAUCCGAGCUCAGGCAGUCUCCUGUUGACCAAUCAGAGCUCUAACAGCCAGCCGUGCAAGCCAGUGGGAGAGCGGGGAGCAGGCUCUGCGGCGGAGCUGAGCCGACCUGCCCCGCACUUGCUGAGGUGGUGGUGGUGGUGGGGUUGUGUAGAUCUCUCUUUGUUUUGCAGUUUGAUAGUUCCUUGAAAGCAUGUUGCAGUUUUUAUUUUGACUAUUAUUUUAAAUUUUUUUGGAGGGAGAAGGGAGUGUUUACAAGGUUUUGUAAUCACCUACCUUUUUGUUUUGGUUUCUUUUCACUUUUGCAAAUGUUAAAUUGGUUUGAUCAUGUUGUAUUAUUUAAACCGGGUUUUCUUUCUCCAUUGAAAUUUGGUAGAAGUAUAAUGAUAGACAAGUUUUACCAACCAUUAUGUACACCAAGAAUUCGUAAUUUUAUUUGCUAGCAAUUGAAACCUCCUUUUUUUGUUGUUGUUUUAUAAUUUAAAGAUAGUAGGCAAUGCACUUGAUAUAGUCUUGCACAUUUGAGUGACUGAUUCGGGUUCUUCUUAGUGCUAAGUAUAUCUGUGCGUGUGGGAGCAAUACAGAGUGACUGUGCGUGCGCGCGCGCGUGUGUGUGUGUAAGUGCAUGCAGUUCUCCACAUCCUGGUUUGAACUGCAGGAGAUCUGUAUCUGGGGCCAUUUGAAUGCAAAAACAAACCACUGUCUCUGCUUUUGAAAGGGGAAUCAGUAACUUUGCAUUUUCUGUUCCACAAGAUAUGCAAAAACAAUGCAAUAAUAUUAAUUUUAAAAUACAAUUGUAAGUUGUGUUGGCAUUAAAACUGUAUAGAAAACAAAAAUUGGGGGGGGGGGGGAACAAACAAAAAUACAAACCAGAAGGCGUUACGCUUCAAUAUAUUCCGUGUGAUGUUUUAUUGCAUUGAUAAUGUUUCUGUUGAAGAAACCGCUAUACUUGAAUUCAGGUCAGUUUCAGUAUUUUUCAAAUAUUUUUUUAAAAAUGAAUUGCAGUUGUGCCAAGCAAAGACAAUGAAUUGAAAUUAAGUUUGUUUAAGAAAAAAAAAAAAGAACCACUUCUUGUAUAUUUUGCUGCAUGUCAAGUGAAUCAUUUCGUAUUUGGAAUGUGCCAAGCUUUACCUUUGAACUUUUAAGUGCUUUUCUACGUGUGGUUGGGGAAAGGGGUACUAUUUUUUUUCCUUUUUUAAUUUGUACGAUGAACAAAGUGUACCUGGUGUAAGUAACUAUUCUGCAAUCCACUGACAGGUUGAACGUUACUGAUUUUGCAUAUCUUGUGUUCAUUUUCCUUCUUCCUCACCCCCUUUAAACAUGCACGCUGACUUUA